AUAUAUAUAGAAAUCUCCCCUCUUUUUUCUUUUGUAAUAAAUUUUUAACUUUUUUCUAUCUCCGUUUUUUCAUUUUUCUUUCUUUCUAUUAUUUAUUUUGUGAUGAAACGAAUCACUUUGAUUACUAUAGUCACAUUUUCUUUCCUGGUUUUCUCUUGUAGCUUUUGGUUUAUUUAUUUUGGACAACAUGAUAUUAUACGACAAAGAUUCACUAUUGAUAAUAAAGUAUUGGACAAUGAUAUAAAAUGGCAGGGGUUGGAUAUGUCACAAGCUGGAGGUGUUAUUAUGGAGCAUAUGGGCAAUGCAACUGCAAAAGCUGAACUUGGAAGGGCGACUUGGAAAUUAUUUCAUACUAUGAUGGCAAGAUAUCCUGAAGAACCUUCUAAUGAAGAAAGAACAGCUUUGGCACAAUUCAUUCAUUUAUUAUCAAGAUUAUAUCCAUGUGGUGAAUGUGCUGAACAUUUUCAAAAAUUAAUUCAAAAAUAUCCACCUCAAACAUCAUCAAGAAUUGCUGCUUCUCAAUGGGCUUGCGCUAUGCAUAACAAGGUUAAUGAACGUUUGGGAAAACCUAUUUUUGAUUGCUCUGAUCUUGAUGCUAAAUACCCCUGUGGAUGUGAAAGUUGA